CUCCCGCCAGCACUCGCCCUCGCGCCAGCCCCCCGCGCGCCACCGCGCCGCCGCCACGAGCGAGCUGUGCCGAGCUGUGUGCUGCCCGCACCCCGCACCAACCACGCCGCAAACAACAGUGUUACACAGUUACAGUUCAGUGAAACGGCUCAUCCACCUUGCUAACGUGAUCCUUUUAGAAUCUCAUCCGUGAAAACAAACAUCGCAGAGUGAUAUUCGCGCAAGCGCGACUCACACGGUCAUGUCGAGGGCGGCCAUUUUGCCAGAAGACUCGAGUUUGCCUCGCCCAAACUGGGCAGCCUGAGGCUGCUGGCCCUCGGUGAGUUCGCGGACGAAUCAGGGCAUGCGGCGCGGAGCAGCGCGGGCCGCGGGCGCGCCCUGAGCCUCGCCGCGCGCGCUAUUGAUCCGGAGCGCCAUGGCGCUCGCGGAGUGAAUGCGGACAUCGGGACUGCAGGCCUCGCUCGCGCGACGCGCGUUACUCAGUGACAGUGCUACAGUGGACGCGCGGCAUGUGAGCCGGCGAGCUGGCGGGGCAGGCAGGGCGCGCGGGCGGCGGCGGGCCCGCCAUGGCCGAGGAGUACGCGCGCUCACCCUGCGAGCGCUUCCCGGCGGCGGGCGCGUUCAGCGUGGCGCCGCCGCCGGAGCGGCUGAGCCCGCCGCCGCCCGCGCCGCUGCCGGACCGGUUCUCGGCGUCGCCGCGGCGGGUGCGCCGCUGUGCCGAGGCGGAGCGCGCGCGCCGGCCGCGCUACGUGCCGCCGGCGGCGCACGUGCCGGUGGAGCGCUACGUCCCGCGGCCGCCGGCGCCGGUGCGGCCGCCCCCGCCCGUGUACUGCGGGCUGGCGUGCCGGCCGCCGCCGCCGCGCAAGUGCUGCAGCUCGGCGUGCCGCGAGGAGCGCGCGGGCUCGCCGCCGCCGCCGCGCUACGCGGAGUACGUGGGGGCAGCGGCGCGGCGCCUGGCCUGCACGCCGCCGCCGCCGCCGCCGCCCGCGCUGCAGCUGCCCUGCGACCCUCAGGAGCCACCCUGCUGCUUGCAGGCUCGCAGGCGACCGCAGAAUGCGCAUGAUUGGCGGUCAAGUGCAGGGCUGCUGGCGCCGCAGCUGUCCUGCCAGACCGCGUCCCCCGCGGCGCCCCCCGCCUCACCCCCGCGCGCCGUAUCAGCCCCCUCCGCGCCGCUCGCGCCCCCGCCCCCGGAGCCCACGCCGCAACCUGCCCACGAAGAUGGCGUCAGAUUGCGGCGCGCGCACACUUUGGCUGUACGGGACUACCUCAAGCGCGAGACGCAGACGUUCUUCGGCGUGCAGCGCGACAACGAGCGCGAGCAGCGGCGGCUGUGGCACGAGCGGCGGCGGCGGCACGCGGCCAGGGCGCUGGGCGACCUGCGGCUGGACUUGCCGCCCGACCACCAUCCUGAUGUGGAUGAUAUUAGUAUGUACGGCGCGUCGGGAGCGGCUCCUAGAGAGGCGCGGGGGCGGGGGCGGCCCGACGUGCUCCCCGCGCACCCCGCCGCCCCCCUCGAGGGCCCGCCGCCGCGGCCCGGCAAGGACAGCGUGGCGCGCCUCACGCUCGCCGGCCUGUCUUAUGUUGUUACUGCGGUGACGCGCAAGUCGCGGCAGUCGGCGUCGGCGCAGUGGUCGCGCUCGUUCCGCGGCAGCGCGCCCGCGGCCCCCGACGACGAGGUGGACGACGUGUUCUUCUCCCCCCCCACUUCCCCUCCGCACCUGCACCGCGACGGAGAGGAUACGACUGAUGGGGUUAAGAGUGCGCGGUCACCUCUCAGCUCAAGCACGGUAGAGUACCGUCGGCCGGAGCGCAGCGUGUCGUGGGGCGCGGGCGGCGCACGCAUCCACACUCCCAUGCUGGAGCCCCUGGCCGACAACUCCAACCGGAGGCAGUACGGCAUGGGCGUCGUCGGCAGGUUCUUCAGACGCUCCCUCCGCAAGUCGGUGACCCACCAAGAGGACGUGGCGCGGCAGCUGGACGCGCUGACCGACUACCGGCCCUACUUCACGUGGUGGGUCAGCACGGCCCAGACCCUCGUGCUGCUGCUGUCAUUGCUAUGCUACGGGUUCGGGCCGGUCGGUUUCGGGAGGCAUACGCACUCUGGGCAAGUGCUGGUGAAGAGCUUGAGUUUGCAACAGGUGGAAUGGGAAGAGCCAGCGUCCUUCUGGCUGGGGCCUCGCGCGGCGGACCUCAUCCACUUGGGGGCGAAGUUCGCGCCCUGCAUGCGUCGCGACGCGAGGAUAGCCCGCGCCAUCGCCGCCUCGGCGCGGCGCGAGCGAGACACGGCUUGUUGCAUCAGGAAUGAUGAUAGUGGCUGCGUGCAGUCUUCGAAGGCUGAUUGUUCGAUACGAGGAUUAAUACCAAAAGUGGGAAAGAACACAAUAUCAACGUGGAAGAAGUGGUCUUCAGGGGAGUCGGGCCCGGGCGGCCGGAUAUCAGGGUCCGUGUGUGGAUUAGAUCCAAAAUUCUGCGAAGCGCCGCGCUCGAUAGCGCCGCACGAGUGGCCCGACGACAUUACAAAAUGGCCGAUCUGCAGGAAGUCAGUACUGGACGGGUCGCAGGCGGCCGGCCGGGCGGGGCACGCGGCGGAACACAUGGCCUGUGAGGUCAUAGGACACCCCUGCUGCAUAGGGGUGCAUGGGCAGUGCGUCAUCACAACGAAAGAACACUGCGACUUUGUGAAGGGAUACUUUCACGAGGAAGCGUCACUGUGCUCACAGGUGUCCUGCCUAGACGACGUCUGCGGAAUGCUGCCGUUCAUGCGACGAAGAAGACCGGACCAGUUGUACAGGGCGUGGACGUCACUAUUCGUCCAUGCCGGCUUACUUCACUUAGCAUUUACUUUAGCUUUACAAUGGCUCUUCAUGAGAGAUCUAGAGAAGAUGGCCGGCCCAGUCCGAAUAGCUACGAUAUACUUGGGCAGUGGCGUGGCAGGGAAUAUGGCGUCAGCGAUAUUCGAGCCGUAUCGAGCAGAGGUGGGCCCGGCAGGGUCGCACUUCGGGCUGCUGGCGUGCCUGCUGGUGGAGGUGCUGGGCGCGUGGCCGCUGCUCCGGCACCCGCGGCGCGCGCUGCUCAAGCUGCUCAGCCUCGCCGCGCUGCUGUUCCUCCUCGGCCUCCUCCCGUGGAUCGACAAUUUCGCGAACGUUUUCGGUUUCGUGUUCGGUUUCUUUCUAUCCUUCGCGCUGCUCCCCUUCAUAACGCUGGGCAUUUACGAGCGGCGGAGAAAGAUAGUGCUAGUGUGGGUGUGCCUGUUCUCGGCCGGCGGCAUGCUGUGCGCGCUGGUGGCGCUGUUCUACGCGGCGCCGGCGUACGAGUGCGCGGCGUGCGCGUACUUCACGUGCCUGCCGUUCGCGCCGGACAUGUGCUCGUCGCAGGACGUGCGCGUGCGCCAGCUGGACGGGGUAUGACGGCGCGCGGCCCGGGCGCCCCCGCCGCCGCCGCCCCUCGCCCCGCGCCGCCCGCCCGCCGCCCAAGCACCGCCUGGCGGCCCCGAGCGAUAUCAUUCAACACACUGCUACGAAAUCUACACAGCCUUCCCAUCUGAUACUCCUAGUUGUGGGUCGAACACCACAGAUGCAGAAGUGACGGAGGAAACUGUAAUAGUGAACAGGUGUAACUUUAGCUGUAAUAGUACCAGCUACAGUCUAUCUCGUUACCUAUUCAUAUAGGUAUAUCGGUAUAUGUAACUUAAGAAAACGUGACAUAUAAUCCAUAUCGUGAUAAGUUUAACCAAAACAUUAAACGUUGCUGAUCGUUAGCUAUCGCAGUUACACCUCGUGUUACAUUAUUCAACUUACCAUAAGUACGAGUACAUAGGUAUUAUGCACUUCCAUCAAAAGUAUACAUGUAUAUUCAAUGCAAUCUUGCUGAAUCUUGUAGCAAUGUACUUUUUCGUAUCAGUGUGGUGGAUGAAUGUCGCAUGUUUUAUGUUUGUUAGAAGAAGCUCGGUUCAUUUGUUAAUGAAGUAAAAUAGUCGGCGACAGAUGCUCUAGUUUUGUACUACCGGUGGAUUGUGUAAUAUUUUAUGACGUCGGAUCGAAUGUAUAAAAAUAAUUUAAACAAUAUUUGGAAUAAAUAUUUGUUAAGAAAAUAUAACUUGGACCUUCGAUUGUAUCAUCGGCGUCGAAUGUAUAUCCUUACAUUAUUGUGAUAAUAUUCGUGGGUACCUUCUUAUCAUCUGGACAAGAUCAUUUAAUGUACAUAAUCUGUAAUAUAUAGAAGUAAGUUAUUUGAAUAAUAUAAAUUUCCAUAUGAGUACCUAUGUUCUGCCCAUAAUUUACGAUGUAAACGUCGAUUGGAAAACUAUAACGACAACCUGUAUAAUAUAUCUAUAUGCAUUUUCUAUAUUUAUUUUCACUUUGAAAUAUAAAUAAUAACCUUUCCAAUAUAUAGAAACAGAUCGUUUAUGAAAUGUAUUCUAAUUAUAUUCUACACUUAUGAAGUUAUGAAAGUGAGAGGACCAUAAAACUGCUGUGUAGGUGUUGUAAACCUUGAAAUAAUAAGAACCUUCUUAAAUUCUAGACCAUGUUUUCUAGAUUAAGGUUCUCGUUUGUUUGUUCAAAGUGUCUUGUAUUUAAAAAAGAAACCAAUGUUUUUUUUCAAAAGUAAUUAAAUUUACCUACUGAUUACUUACCAGCGAUUUUUUCCCGGUAACCUCAUGGUUAUUACUUUAGUACCUAUGUUAAUUUAUGGUUUAUUUCAAAAAAAGUUAAGACUGUGUUUUUAGGAACUAUGUUUUUUUAAAUAGUUGACUAAAUAUUGUUUGGUUGAAAUUAUCUUUGUUCCAAUCCCCAUUUCACGAAUUAUUGAGAGUGCCAAUUAAUUAAUUGAACAUUGGAUUUUAUUCAAUGGUUGUCGUCAAAAUUGGCGUUUACAAGUAAUCGUGUCAAAUAUUAUUUAGUAAAUUACUAAAGAAGUAAUGUAAAUAUCAUAAUUAAACGAAUAUUUAAUAUUUUGAUCAUUUAUGUUUCACCGUAUUAAUCGAAGUCUUAUCUACGUAUAAGUAUCACGUAUUUUAUUUUAUUUUGUCAAUUUGUAUUUAUAGGUAUGUUUAAUGUGAAGUCUGCGUAGGUUUACAAAAUCAUGUUAAUUUACAUCAUAAUAUUGCUAGAUACUUAAUUAUUAUAUUUAAUACCAAUACAGCUUCAGAUAUAUUCAUUUAUUCAAGUUGGUAACCUGUGUCUUUGAAGACUAAUUACUUAUAGUUUUUAUUACAUUUCUUCAUUAAAAGUGCCCAUCUUUAUUAAUGUCAAGUAAAAAUAGGAGCAAAGUAAUAAAUAUCAGCGAGAACCAGAGUAGAAAUUUUCAGCAAAUGAAUUGGUGUCUCAUUUUGACUUUAACUAAAAUAUACCUAUGGGCACUUAUAAUGUUUUGUUUUUAUAAAUAUAUUAAGGAAUCAUUUGUUUUUUUAUAUUUAGUUAAACUGAUGUAAAAUCAAGCAUCAAAUAUUUUUCUACCUCAAUUCGAUUUGUUUUGAAACAAAUCAAUUCGUCAGAAUAAGUAUUUUUAAUAUGUGCUGACCUAAAUAUGUUACCCAAAUACUUUAUUGAAUUUUGCAUUCAUAUUCACAUACUAUAGUUUAACUUAUAGCUUAAAACAUCACUGCCUAUAUCCUACUAUUAUUUAUUUAUUAGUAAAGUCGUUGGCGAUUGUUAUACGCCGUUUUGAUCCAAGUGAUUUCGAUUUAAUUAUGUGCGUCUACAUAGAUUUAAAGAUUUAUUAAACUAUGAUCCUGAUAGAAAUCUUUUUCAUAUAAAGAAAAUAGAGGCAUUCUCACCAUAUUUACGUUAUCGUAAGUAUAUGUAAUAAAUGUGCCGCAUAUUCUCUUUGGCUGGUGUAAGCUUCUAUUAGUGAUAUAGUUUAAUAAUUAUUUUAAACAUAUUGUCAACUGGUCGCUUCAUUUGGGAGAUGCUUUACUAAUCUACUGAUGUAGGUACUUGUUUAAAAUUAGAUACACCACGGCGCGCUUACAACUAAGCUCAUAGAGGAGCCAUGAUGUUAGUAUAAAUUUGUAGAGUCCAAAAACUGUGGUUACCGUCAUUUGGUUCAUCAUUGACUACUAUCAAAACAUGUAAAGCUAUGAUUAGAGAUACUAGCACAUACAAAUAGAGCACAAAAGAUUGUUAUCCCCCCAACUCUACUUCUGAUAAAAUCAGUAGUUAUCAGUUUUUCUAAUAUAUUCGUCGGUGGAUUUGAUGCUUGAAGACGUAAACACCCUCAAAUGUAUCUACGUACGUCAACUCCGCAGUGAUAUUAGUAUGUUCACCUCUGAUAUUUUACAGACUUUUGAUGCAGAAGCAUCGUCAUCUGAUCAUAAUAUAUUAUCACAACGAUGACACUGAACAAUUUUAUUAUUUCUACCUGCGUAGGAAGAUAUCUACUAGAUAGAUCAGCACGUGUCCCAAAUGACGCGAAACGAGACGAUAGCAAGCCUUGGUAGUUUUUCCCACCAUUCUGGUAGUGAAUUAGUAGACCAUACUGGGGGUCACUCUCUAUAUUGACGAACGAACGAACGAGAAUUGUCACGAAAUCGACGCUCUCAUUACAACGAGAUAGAGUCGUGUUUAGCGCUGCAGUUCUGUUUAUCCGAAGCUUCAGAGCGUUCGCGAACCGCGUGCUGAUUACGUGGGAAUUCUAGUUCGUUCUUUCGUUGAUUUAGAGAGAGACCCCCCCUGGUACCGCCGCUGGUAGGCACCGACUCUGCAGUGCCAUACAUUCUAUUCUAUUAUAUUCUAUGUAUAGAAUAGAAUACAAAGUGUCAUACAUAUUUGCGUUUACUUUUACUGCUCGAAUGGUCAGAAAAAAUCUCACUAGGCCUUAGGCCGCACAAUAUCUCGAAAUCACUUGGAUGUGUUAUAUCUCGAAGUGGCCUUGGCGAUCGACGGCGGCCCCGCGAUCCGCGGAGACAGAAUUUCUAAUCAUAGGAAACUCACAUAAUGUACAUUGUGAACAUACAAGUAAUUAUAUUAAUUAUAAUGUGGUAAAGUAAUCUUAUUGUAAACUAGUAUUAACUAAACAAGAAACCUUAUUAUCAUA